UCCUUCACUGAUGUGCGUUGAUGAGGCAGCACUGAUGAGGCAUUGACUGGCGCAACUGAUGGGCACUGACUGGCACAACCGCUAGGCACUGACUGGCAGUACUGCAUUGAUGGGCACAGGUGGGUGGCACCGCUGGGUACUGGUGGGCGGAACUGGUGGGUGGCACUGCUGGGCACCGAUCAUCAGUGCCCUGAUGAUCGGUGCCGAUCCCUGCUCUGACAACUGCCGGUUCUCGGCAGUACUUUCCUCGCACUCUAACAGCGUGAGGAAAGUGCAGCCGAGAACCGGCAAUUGC